ACAGCUACUUCCUCUUGAACUGAGGGAGGCAGGGCUUGUCUUGUCUCCUCAGAGAAGACUCUGAGAUCUUCUCAGCACAGACGUUUGGACAGAGCAGACUCUUAAGUUCUCCAGAAUGCCCAUCCCAGCCUUCUGGCCCCACCUUCCUUGUCCUUUCCUGCUGAUGAUGCUACUGCUGGGGGGACUCACAGGAGUGGCGGGUGAAGAGGAGCUGCAGGUGAUUCAGCCUGAGAAGUCUGUAUCGGUUGCAGCUGGAGAGUCGGCCACUCUGCACUGCCAUGUGACCUCCCUCAUCCCUGUGGGGCCCAUCCUGUGGUUCAGAGGAGCUGGACCAGGCCGGGAAUUAAUCUACAAUCAAAAAGAAGGCCACUUCCCCCGGGUAACAGCUGUUUCAGACCCCGCAAAGAGAAACAACCUGGACUUUUCCAUCCGCAUCAGUAACAUCACCCCAGCAGAUGCCGGCACCUACUACUGUGUGAAGUUCCGGAAAGGGAGCCCUGUCGAUGUGGAGUUUAAGUCUGGAGCAGGCACUGAGCUGUCUGUGCGUGCCAAACCCUCUGCCCCCGUGGUAUCGGGCCCCGCAGCAAGGGCCACACCUGCGCACACAGUGAGCUUCACCUGCGAGUCCCAUGGCUUCUCCCCCAGAGACAUCACCCUGAAAUGGUUCAAAAAUGGGAAUCAGUUCUCAGACUUCCAGACCAACGUGGACCCUGCAGGAGAGAGUGUGUCCUACAGCAUCCACAGCACAGCCAAGGUGGUGCUGACCCACGAGGACGUUCACUCUCAAGUCAUCUGCGAGGUGGCCCACGUCACCUUGCAGGGGGACCCUCUUCGUGGGACUGCCAACUUGUCUGAGGCCAUACGAGUUCCACCCACCUUGGAGGUUUUCCAACAGCCCAUGAGGGCAGAGAACCAGACGAACGUCACCUGCCAGGUGAGGAAGUUCUACCCCCAGAGACUACAGCUGACCUGGUUGGAGAAUGGAAAUGUGUCCCGAACAGAAACAGCUUCGACCCUCACAGAAAACAAGGAUGGUACCUACAACUGGAUGAGUUGGCUCCUAGUGAACACCUGUGCCCACAGGGAUGAUGUGAAGCUCACCUGCCAGGUCGAGCAUGACAGGCAGCCAGCGAUCAGCAAAAGCCAUGACCUGAAGGUCUCAGCCCACCAGAAAGAACAGUGCUCAGAUACCCCUCCUGGCCCAGCACUGGCUCCUACUGCUCCACUUCUCGUAGCUUUCCUCCUGGGCCCCAAGGUGCUGCUGGUGGUUGGUGUCUCUGUCAUCUACGUCUACUGGAAGCAGAAGGCCUGACUCUCCUUCCCUCCUCCCCUGCCACAUGGGAUCCCCAGUCUCUGCUGCCUCCUUCCUUCCUUGAAUGGCUCUGACUGAGAGAAGGGGCUGGUGAGAAGCUUCCCCAGACUGAGCUCCAAACGCCUCCCCUCCCAGGACAUCUUCCUGCCCACAGGCUCCUGUUGCUCCUUUGCAGAGUCCUUGAUUCUCCAGAGCAGUCUUCAUUCAUGGUCCUGAGCAGAGGCCAUGGGAUGGGGCUCUGGGGAGUGACUCAUGACACCUCCCUAGGAUGUGGGAAACACGCCGAAUCUAAACACAUCAGGACACCUCUCCUCCAUCAUCUUGGACUGUCCGUAAGCCACAAACUGCAGUCCAGAUUCUCAAGAGUUAUUCUGCCUUCUGGAUUCCUGCCUACCCAAUUAGCCAGCCUUGUUGAGAUUCUCUAUUGCCUCCUGAAUACAAAUUAACACUCAUCCUGGUUUUAAGGAGAAAAAAUGAUUCUCCUUCCUCUUUGUUUAAACAUAUGAUAUAGCUUGGAUAUUUUUCCCCUACAAAUCUCAAUGUGAAAUUUCAUCCCCUAUGUUGGAGGUGGGGUCAGGUGGGAGGUGUUUGGGUCAUGGGGAUGGAUUCAUCAUGAAUGACUUGGUGUUAUCUUGGUCUAUUAGUACCCACAAGAUCUGAUUGUUUAAAAGUGCCCAGCGGCUCCCUCUUCUCUCUUUCUCUUCCUCUCUCCCCAUGUUAUGCCAACUCCACUUCACUGUCCACUGUGAGUAGAAGCACUCUGAGGCCCUCAGCAGCAGAUGCAAGUACCAUGCUUCUUGUACAGUCUGCAGAACCAAAAGCCAAAUAAACCUCUCUUUAUAAAUUA